AGAAUAGUAGUGGUAGAUUCAUGGUUCUGGAUGGUUACAUAAGUAGCAUUCGGCGAUGUCAAGGGAGAGCGAUCUCUGCGGGCAGUGACAUCGAAGGGAAGCUCAUCCGAGUCCCGGAAGCCAGUUAAAUCUUUUUGUUCAUCUGCUCAAGGUAAAUAGCUUCUCCCUAUCAUCGUCACUGCCCACCAUCCUUCCUCUCUCCAUCUCCUCCUGCGGUCUGUUGCUUUCUUCACUUGGCCAGUUGCUGUACCUUUUACUCUUACAAUGGCUUCUUCCCUUCGCAUUGGGAGCUCGCUGCUCCGCACAUCGAGACCUCUCGUCCAGAAAUCCGCCUUCAAUGGUGUCCGCUGCGCGAGCACUAAAACUCUGAAAGAGGUCUUCGCUGCUAAGCUCCCGGGAGAGAUCGAGAAGAUCAAGAAGCUGAAAAAGGACUAUGGCUCCAAGGUCGUUGGCGAGGUUACCCUUGACCAAGUUUACGGCGGAGCUCGAGGCAUCAAGGCCUUGGUUUGGGAAGGAUCCGUUCUUGACGCAGAGGAGGGUAUUAGAUUCCGUGGCAGAACCAUUCCCGAAUGCCAGGAGGUCCUUCCCAAAGCUCCGGGCGGCGAAGAGCCUUUGCCUGAAGGUCUUUUCUGGCUCCUCCUGACCGGCGAGGUGCCCAGCGAGCAACAGGUCCGCGACCUGUCUGCAGAUUGGGCCGCCCGAUCGGACCUCCCCAAAUAUGUCGAGGAGCUGAUCGACCGUUGCCCGAACGACAUGCACCCGAUGGCCCAAUUCUCGAUCGCGGUCGCUGCUCUCGAACAUACCUCCGAAUUCGCCAAAGCUUACGCUAAGGGAAUCAACAAGAAAGACUACUGGACUUACACCUUUGAGGAUUCAAUGAACUUGAUCGCCAAGCUGCCUACGAUCGCAGCCAAAAUCUACCGGAACGCAUACAAGGAUGGCAAGGUUGCUCCGAUCCAGAAGGACAAGGACUAUGCUUUCAACCUCGCAAAUCAGCUUGGAUAUGGCGACAACAAAGACUUUGUCGAACUGAUGCGCUUGUACCUCACGAUCCACUCCGACCACGAGGGUGGUAACGUGAGCGCGCACACCACUCACCUGGUCGGCAGUGCCCUGAGCUCGCCUAUGCUGUCCUUUGCCGCUGGUCUCAAUGGUUUGGCCGGUCCUCUUCACGGACUCGCCAACCAGGAAGUCCUGAACUGGCUCACCAAGAUGAAGCAGACUAUUGGUGACGAUUUGAGCGACAAGGCCAUCACCGAUUAUCUCUGGGCUACACUCAACGCCGGUCGUGUUGUCCCGGGCUACGGACAUGCAGUUCUGCGAAAGACCGACCCUCGUUACGUUUCGCAACGUGAAUUUGCCCUCCGCAAGCUCCCCAAUGACCCGAUGUUCAAGCUUGUCAGCCAGGUGUACAAGAUUGCCCCAGGCGUCUUGACCGAGCACGGCAAGACCAAGAACCCAUACCCCAACGUUGAUGCUCAUUCCGGUGUCCUUCUUCAAUACUACGGAUUGACUGAAGCGAACUACUACACUGUCCUCUUUGGUGUCUCGCGUGCCCUCGGUGUCCUGCCUCAGCUCAUCAUCGACAGAGCCGUUGGUGCCCCAAUCGAGCGACCGAAGUCCUUCAGCACGGACGCGUACGCCAAGCUGGUGGGAGCCACACUGUAAAGGAUUUGGUCUGGAAGUUCAAUAUGCUGGCAAGCUAGCAAAGAAGCAGGCAAGCGAUGUACAAUUGUGAGACAAUCUUGUAGGUUUACAAUGGGUACUAGGGCGAUGGAUGGCUGGAGCUCGGCUGUGGUCGGUUGCGAAUUGAACCAUUCGAUAUGCCAACUUGGUGUCGACGAGCAUUUUGGAUCAUCUACUAUUUUUUUUCGUGUCCCGUCUGAAUUGGCCUCGUAAGAACUUUAUUACCUUAGCGGAGGGCACCCGGAAUUCUCGACGGUUAUGUAACGGUUAGUAGGUUUUUACAGUAUACUGACGGUAAAUUUUCAAAUUACCGUAAAUUCUUCUUAACGUAAACUCCGAUUAACCUCGGUAUAAG